AUGCUCCAUCACUGGUUGAUUGUCAUUCCAGCAAGAUUUCUCACGAGAGAUCCCUUCAACAACGAAUUCGAACUUAUUUUUGCACAUUCCGGCCCAGCAUACUGGUCUAUAUCCUUCAGUUUCGACGUCCGAGGAAAGCCACUGUCUCAGGCGCGCCACUGGUCCGCACCGGAAGUGUUCGGAUCCAGGGCCUACUUCCGGACAGUAUCCGAGCCAGCACAACUCGUCAUUGACGACAUCCGGCGCCUCGACGAGGGCGUCUACCGCUGCAGAGUCGACUUUCGGAACGCGCAAACCCGCAGCUUCCGAUAUAAUCUCACAGUUAUUGUUCCCCCCGAGCAACCCACGAUCCUUGAUAAAUGGGGCAGACAGAUGAAUGGCACGGUCGGACCCCACGAGGAAGGGGACGACAUCACGAUGACCUGCAGGACUGUAGGGGGCCACCCUCAACCCAUCGUGAGGUGGCUAGUGAAUGGCCUCGUCGUGGAUGAUCAGUACGAACAUAAUGCCGGCGACGUCAUCGAAAAUAGAUUGGUUUGGCCCUCAGUGGGCAGGAAGGAUCUAGACGCUUUGUUUACCUGCCAGGCCGUCAAUACGAAGCAGACCGAGCCGAAGGAAGCCAUAGUGGUAUUGGAUUUAAUAUUGAAACCACUGACUGCAAAAAUUCUAAGAACAGAGAGUCCCCUAGUAGCUGAUAAGCGGUACGAAGUUUCCUGUGAAUCGGCUGGAUCUCGGCCAUCAGCUAUAAUCACCUGGUAUAAAGGAAAACGUCAGCUGAGGAGGACAAAGGAAGAGACGCGAGAAAACGUAACAAUAAGUGAGUUAAGUUUCGUUCCCACGACAGAAGACGAUGGAAAAUCCAUAACGUGCAGAGCUGAAAAUCCCAACGUCACCGGGCUCUUCUUGGAGACGUCUUGGAAAAUUGACGUUGUUUACCCCCCGAUCGUCACGCUGUGUCUUGGGAGCACACUUAACGCUGACGACAUCAAGGAAGGCGACGACGUUUACUUCGAAUGCCACGUCACUGCCAAUCCCCACUGGAGACGACUUACCUGGCUGCAUGAU